UUUCCUAAGAAUUACAAUGCUUCUACACUUUGUAAGUUUUAGUUGUCUUUUAUCUGCAGUUAGAGCGCAGGUUUUUAGUCUUGGUAAAUGUCCCACUGUUAAAACACAAGAUUCCUUCGACAUAAAUAAGUAUUUGGGGGACUGGUAUGAAAUCUAUAAAUUCGAAGCAAGUUUUGAAGGAAAACAAAGAUGCAUACGUGCUAACUAUCAGUCCAAACCAGAUGGUCAUAUUAGAGUGCAGAACACUGGAAUAGAAGAUGGUAAGACCAUCACAGCCAUAGGAGAUGGAUUUGCACCCGAUAAAGACUUUCCAGCUAAACUUCAAGUUAAAUUUUCAGACAAGGCUCCAUACGGUAAAUACUGGGUAUUAGACACCGAUUACGACAACUAUACGUUUAUCUAUUCAUGCACAGACCUCGCUGGUGUGAGCCAUAUAGAGUUUGCAUGGAUCCUAAGUCGUAAAAGGACAUUAGAUGAACAAUACAAAACAAAACUUUAUGACCUUGCCACAUCCUUUGGCAUCAAGACAUCGAACUUUCAAACGGAAGAUCAGACUGGGUGUUCCUAACUACAUGUGUCUCUUUUUAUCACUGUCUGUCUGUCCCACAAAUAUAUGUAUUUACUGACUUUUUGUAAACAUGUUUUAAGUUCUGUAAAUAAUUGCUUCAUUAAAGUGUAUGAUUAAUUACUUCCUAGCUGUCUGUGUCUACAUAUUCUAUUUGUGGACCAUGUUUAAUUGCUCACACUGCAAAUACUUGAAAGUAAACAGUGACUCAUGAGACGUCUUCAGGAACUACAAGAAGGAAAUGUUGGUGGAAAUUAAUUUGUGAUUUUAUGGCAGCUAGCACUGCACUGUUAG